GCUACGACCGUUUACAAUGCCGUAUGUUGUUUGGACUUUCUAGUUGAGUUUGUGUCUAUACCGCUGUCUUACUUAUACGCACUCACUUGCAACCCAAAAGGUGAAGAUUGUGAAUAUGUCGUCCAGUCCAGCAAAUCUCGAAGAUUUUGUGAGGGCAGCUGGUGACGGCAAGCUACUACAGAUGAUGAAGGCUCUUCGCCACCUGAACGAUCUGAACCAGCAGGACUCCAACGGAGACGUAGCACUUUGCCAAGCUUCUAAAGGUGGACAUCACGAUAUCUGCUUUAAGCUGGUGAUGGAGUACAAAGUAAAUGUCAACGCCAGAGACUCGCAGGGAAAACUUCCUAUCCAUCACGCUGCAGGGGGUGGACACGACAAGGUCGUAGAGCUGUUCGUUUACAAUGGAGCCACCGUUGACGUCAUAGACGACGAAGGAUGGAGUCCUCUACACCACGCGGCUCAAAGCGGAAGUCUGAACUCUGUUCGAGCACUUCUUAGGAAAGGAGUACCAUUGAAUGCGCAAACUCCAAACGGAGAUACGGUAACACACUUAGCAGUGCUAUCAAGCAAAUUCUCGCUUGACGUACUCAAAGAACUGAGUGGGUGGCCGGGAGUGAAAUUGCAUCUCAAGAACAAAGAAGGCGAGUCUGCACUAGAUGUGGCCAAGAGGAGUGGAAACAGGCAAGCUGUCCAACAUCUUGAUACCUCAAGCUUGUGCGAAACACGAACUUGGAGCAGUAGGCAAGGAAGUACUCGAAGUUCAGUGGAGUCACCUACGAUACCUGUUACUACGGGAAGCCGUUCUACAGUACGUAGGCCCGCAACAAAACUCUCGCCAGCCUCUAGGAGUGCAAAUCCAGAGUGCAGAAACACUGUUGGCAGAGCUUGUCUAUUGUCACCUGGCUCGUCAGAUAUAAUAUCUGACAAAACAAGCAGUCCAAACCGGCAAAGCACGAAUCUUCCUAGUAGUCCAUCUCAAUUAGAACCGCCAGAGAUUCAGAACAUACAACGUACCAACAUAGCUGUGAAAACAGCAAGGCGUAUCGAUACUCCGAGAAACCGGGAGCGAGGCGAAACAAACAGGGUUGAGGUUGAUGAGAUCCAAAUCACAGACACGAGACAACCAAAUCAACAGUUGGGGCACGCACCACUGAACGAGAACCCAGCAAUUAUAUUUACAGAGCAACAACCAGUGAAUCUUUCCGAUGUGCAAAGCGUAAGACGAGAUCCCGAGACUGAAAUGGUUGAUAAUUUAGACUCUAGUGAUGUCACUGUACCAACAGGUCAGCAGUUAUCAAUUGAUACUCCGCAGCAGCUAACACAAGCAAGUAGUAACCAGAGAGAUGUUGUUCAGAAAUUUGAUACACUUGAACAGAACAUACGAUCACGAAUGGGUUGCAUGGAAACUACGAUAGAGCAGCAACGUCAAGAAAUCGCGCGGCAAGGACAGCUAUUCGAGUCAUAUCAAAGGGGUGUAGGUCACAAAGCACAAGAAGUAAUGGAGGGUCUUUUUCAGACAAUAGCUUCACACUUCAACAAACAAAUUGAAGAUUGGUCGGAGUACGCAAACAGUACGAACCAGAGAUACGAAGAGGAGCUGAAACAACUUCGUGAUCGAUUAGAAAAGACAAAUGAAGAGUUACACGCUCAGUUGGAAUCACAACGAAAUGAUUACCGCCUUUUGGAACAAAGCACUAAUGAGACCGAAAGACAGCUGCUUAGUUUCCAAAACCCUCUUAAAAUCAAACCUGACACAAUCAAACCUACAACAGAACAUCUUGGAACUGGAUCAUAUGGAGGUGUCAACGUUGUACAAUGGAAUGGUGUGCCAGUUGCAGCAAAAGCUGUUCACAAGAUCAUAGUUAACCCGCGUAUCAGAGGUCUCGUUCAACAAGAAAUCGAUAGCUGUUGUCGCAUUCGUCAUCCAAACAUUGUAACAGUGUUUGGGGCCAUCACAGACGACGAUAAGCCACCUCAACUGCUCAUGGAAAUAAUGGAAGGAUCUGUAAGCGACGUGAUACAGGCAGCUAGAGCAAACUACCUUACAAUGCGAGAGCAGGUAGACAUCAUGCGAGACUGCGCUGCGGGUAUCAACUACAUGCACUCGUUAACACCACCUCUUCUUCACGGUGAUAUUCGAUCAGAAAACGUACUCGUCACACCAAACAUGACAGCCAAGCUGGGAGAUCUCGGGGCUGCUCACAUUGAAAAUGCUUCCAAGUCUGCCGGACCUCUCAGCUUGAAUUAUCUUGCUCCAGAGAGAAAGCCCGAUGUAGUAAGAGGCACCGCAAUUCACAACACUCCGGCGGCAGACAUGUUUACUUUUGGACUUCUGAAUAUUGAAAUAAUAACUGGUAGUGUACCUGCAUGGAACGAGCGAUCGAAAGCUGUAAGGGGCAUUAGACAGGAUAGGCUGCGGGCGAUGUGUCAACAGAUGAUCGAAGAACGACCACACACUCGUCCAGAUUGCACAAAUAUUUUACAGUUUCUACUCGAGAUGACGCAAACUACCCAAUGCACUGAAUGCGAACCAAAGAGAAGAGUACAAAGAAAGCGUGAGAAAGGAGUAGAUUUGCUGCACUGAGCAGCACUAAUAUGACCAAACAUAUAUGGCUUACGUAUGCGUAAUUACAAUUGUCGAUCCUUUGUAGUUGUGCUGUAUCGAUCAUACUGCAUACAUAUUAUAGGUGUUCACUUUGCAAUUGCCAACUUUGGAGGAUAAGUAUUAAUUAAAAUGUGAUAUUUUGAAACACUUCUUAUUGCUUGCUGGUCUGCAAUAAUUGCAUGACGUACUUCCAACGUCUUGAAGCUAGCUUCACUUAUCUACCUUCGAUAAACGGAAAUAGUUUACAUAUAUAUGUGUAUUGAGAAAGUUUCUAACAUGUCCGGGAUUUC